AUGGUGUCCAAAGAAGUAAUAUUAAUAAUAAAAAUCUAUCUUUUGUGUUAUUUAAGUGUUCGGCAGUUAAUUUUCUACUAAAUAUGAUGUAUAAUAUUAUUUAUAAAUUAUUAAUAAAUUCAUUUAUUUAUAAAUAAAACUUGUUAAGUCAAAAAUGUAGUGCCACAAACAAGCAAAAAAAAAAAAAAAAACAAUAUAACUUAUUACCCAUUUUGAUACUAAUUAUGUUUUCGACUAAAUAAUUUAUUUUUAAUCAACAUUUUGUUAUUUUAAACAUGUUAAUAAAUUUAAACUAAUUUUCAAUAGAUACCUAUCCAUAAUUUUCUCUUUCUAUCAAAAUCAUUUUCUUAUGUACCUAUGUCUAAUUUUUUUUUGUAAUUUGAACAAUUCAAUUAGUUUCCAAAAUCUUUAGAAAAAGAUAAAGAAAAUGUGCGAGACGGCAUGAUUAACAUUGACGUAAAUACUGAAGAUGCUUUAUUGAGUAGUCCAUGCGGUAAAAAAACAUGCAAUAGCGGAAACAAUCCAGAUAAAAAAUUACAUCCGUACGACGUAAGAUUUUUAAUUCUUAAAAAUUACUGUUAUAAACAAAAUCUAAACACUAAAUUAUUUAUCAAAAAAUAUUCUAUUCUUUACUAUAUUUCAUAACUACAAAUUGAAUCCAUUUUUAGGACUUUUUGUAGUAUCUAAAUCUUUAAAAUAAAUUGUUUAAAAAAAUAGCGAUUUUUGAACGUUCAUUUAUAAUAUGCCAUAUUUUAGAAUUUAUACAGUAAUAGGUGCAUUUAACAUGUACAAGUGAUUACAAGUGAAUACAAGUGAAUUAAAUAUUUAUUUAUUUUGCAUAAUGAUAUAAUAGUCGCGACAUAAUGAGUUUAAGAUUUAAAUUGUUUAUUCUGUGUGCAAUAGGUACUUACUUUUACAUAUUUACUUUACAAAAUUUAAGUUUUUACAAAUAAAUAUUUAAUAUUACCUAUACAUAGAUAUUAAUACCUAUAUUUCAAUUGAAAUGCGUAGCGAAUACCGUUGCUAGAACAUAAUUCAAAUAGUUUACUACUAAAUCGACUAUCAGACAACAAUAAUCAUUAUACUGGUCAAAAUAUUAAAUUGAUGGUGGACCGUCGCAAUAAUUAUUUUAGAAUCGAUGAACUACAAUCAAAUGAAACAAGAACACGAUUU